AUGGGCAAGCAACCCAACUUGUUUGCCUUUCCCAACGUCGGCGCCCUGGCUCCCGCCCUGCGAUCGUACGUCAUCUCGGCCCAGAACGCCGGCCUGACACGCCACGGCGUCUUCAAGGUUGCCGUCUCGGGCGGCUCGCUGCCCAAGACCCUGGCCCAGGCCCUGCUGGCCGCCCCGGCCUCGGACGACGACAAGGUGCGCUUCGACAAGUGGGAGAUCUUCUUCGCCGACGAGCGCGCCGUGCCGCUCGACCACGAGGACAGCAACUACGCCCUGCUCAAGGCCGAGCUGCUGGACAAGAUCCCCACCGAGGCUGGCCAGCCCACCGUCCACCCCAUCGACACCCAGUACCUCAACGACACCCAGGAGCUGGCCGACCAGUACGAGCAGCUGCUGGUACGCUCCUUUGCCAGCCGCGACUCGGUCAAGCUGCCCAUCUUUGACCUGCUCCUACUCGGCACCGGCCCCGACGGCCAUACCUGCAGCCUGUUCCCCGGCCACCCCCUGCUGCGCGAGACCAGCGCCUGGGUCGCCCCCAUCGAGGACUCGCCCAAGCCUCCGCCAAAGCGCGUCACCCUCACCCUCCCCGUCGUCACCCACUCGGUCAAGGUCGCCUUUGUCGCCACCGGCGGCGGCAAGAAGGACAUCAUGAAGGAGAUCUUUGAGCAGGGCAACGGCCUGCCCGCCGCCCUGGUCAACGAGGCCACCGGAGAGCGUUGCAGCUGGUUCACCGACGACGCCGCUGUCGAGGGCGUCAGCUUCCCCCGCAGGGGCUUCUUGUAG